AUGGCGAACCCAGCUGAAGUUUCAGCUUUGAAUCGCAUCAAGCUGCAUCUUUUAGGUGAACUCUCUCCACUGGGCACUCCCCAAAAUAGACAACCUUGCUUCGAAUUUGACGAAACAAACCCUAGCCCUUCUCAAUCUUCUACCUCUGACUCUUCCAUGUCGUUGAAUCACUACUUCACUGAGCUCCUCGAACCUGAGAUUCAAGUCCCCGUCUUCGAGUUCGACUCCAAACCUCAAAUAAUCGACCUCGAGACCCCGAGGCCCCUGACAUCGGUUGAGAAGAAACCUCAAACGAAUCGCAAACCGUCGCUGCAGAUCUCUCUCCCGAAGAAGACUGAGUGGAUCCAAUUCGGGAACCCGGAUCCUAACCCGAAGAUGGUCUGGCCGGAGAGCCAGCCGGAGAAGAAGCACUACAGAGGAGUCCGGCAACGGCCAUGGGGGAAGUUCGCCGCCGAGAUCCGCGACCCAAGCAAGCGCGGGUCAAGAGUUUGGCUUGGAACCUUCGACACUGCCAUCGAUGCCGCCAAGGCCUACGACCGCGCCGCCUUCAGGCUCCGCGGUUCCAAAGCCAUCCUCAACUUUCCACUUGAAGUAGUCUCGGCGGCGGAGAACACCGACGCCGAAGGCGAGAGGAAGCGGCGGCGCGAGGAGGAGGUGGAGGAAGUAAAGACGGUGGUGAAGAAGGAGAAAACAACGGAACAGGAGGUGAACUGUUUUAGAGAGACGCCGUUAACGCCGUCUAUGUGGACUGGGUUCUGGGAUAGUGAUGUGAAGGAGAUUUUCAACGUUCCGCCGUUGUCGCCGUUAUCUCCUCUUCCGGCUUUUGCAUUUUCACCACUCAUGGUUGUGUGA